AGACAGCACGAGAGAGAGAAAGAAAGAAAGCACAAAAGAAACCUGGCACCGGACAACGCCGGAAACUGGUGGGACACUCGUCAGAAGUUGCCUUCCGUUGGAUUCCCGCAUCGUGUUUCCCGUGAUCCUUUCUUCUUCCUCUGAGAUCGUUUCGCGGGCUUAUUCUCCAUGUAGGGAGGAAGGUUCAUGCCCAACAAGUCGGAGGAAUGCCACCGGAGUUCCGGGGAGUUCAUUGACGCGAAAAUUUUAGGGCUUCGUUUUUCCUUUAAUUUGGCGAGAGCGAAAUAUCCUCGUACAAUCGGGCAUAUGGGGACCCACAUCUUUCGCAGUAUCAUUACUCUUCAUAGGGAGCAUAUGAAGGGCAUUAGUUGGCAGUUGAUGGGCUAUGUGGAAGAAAUCUAAGGUUUAUCCUGAAGCCUGUUAGGCUCAUGAGGCUGUUUUAUGGAAUACUCCUGUAGAUGGCCUUGCUGAGGUAAGUGAAGUGGCCGUGAUGAAUCGCUCGACCUAGAUACUUUUUGUUGGCGGAAUUAGCGAAGCUGCUGUUUUGGGCAUUGCGAAGUUGAAAUCGGAAUGGUUUGAAGAACAAAUAUGGAGGAUAUAGAGCUGUUCAAGGAUGGAUUCAGAUGGGUUCGAUCCCAGAAGAAUGUGGUUCUGGGCGUUCAGGCCUUUAUGAGGUGCUUGAGAGAACGGGUUGCCGCUCUCGCCGACCGGCACGGGCCAAUUUUCUGUAGAUGGUGCACUCAGCUGGGAAAAUUUCUAUUAUUCUUGUUGUUACAAUGGAGGGAUUGCACCCUCCGGGGCAUUGGCUCAUUACUUGGAUUGGGUUCCGCAGCAUUGUUUGUUAUAAUCUGGAGCUGUUUUCUCAGUUUGACAUCCACAUCCUGCUUGCUCUGUGUUGUUAUGUUGCUGGGAGCUGCUGGUGCCACGGUUCGUUAUUUGGGAUAUACCCCUGGACUUUUUAUUGUUGGAUUAUUUGGGAUUUUGAUGCUGUCUAUUUAUGGCAACCUGUGGAUAACUGGGAUGAUAUCCAUAAUUGGAGGCUACUUGUUCUCGUUGAAUCAUGCACGCUUGGUGGUGUUGUUGUCAACAGCAUAUGCCAUUUACUGUGUCAAAGUCCGUGUUGGGUUACUGGGAGUCAUAUUGUCACUCCAGCUAGCCUUUCUAUCCAAUGAUCUGUUGGAUUUUGUGCUUCAAGAGUACGAAUGUGUGAAUGAAGGUUCAAGUUCAGCACAUGAUGCUCAAGCUAAUUGCAAUUCAGAAGAUUUUGUGUAUGAUUCUGAAUAUUCUGCUCACAGUGAUGAGGCAGUGAAAUUUCCAUCCAAAGCGUCUUGCCGAAUGCCUAAUGUCUUACAGCAUGUGGAAGUCCACAAAGAGGCUUCUGCUAGUAAGGUUGUCAAAGCAGAUUCAAACUCAUUGGAUGAGAUAAAGCGAAUCUUAGGUAGCAAGAAUCAUUAUGAAGCCAUGGGGCUUCCCAGGAAUAGUAGUAUAGAUUUGGCACUACUGCGAAAAGAAUACAGGAAAAAGGCUAUGGUUGUCCAUCCUGAUAAAAAUAUGGGAAUCCCACUGGCAAGCGAGUCCUUUAAGAAACUUCAGUGUGCAUAUGAGGUCCUUUCGGAUGAAGUGAAGAAGAAAAAUUAUGAUGAGCAAUUACGAAAGGAAGCAUCUAGAGAGUCUAGCAGCAUUCAGCAGAGAAAUCGGUGCAGUUCACAGCCGGAUGGAGUUGAUUAUCGAUCAGAGGAAUCCAGAAGAAUACAUUGCACAAAAUGUGGAAAUUUUCAUAUAUGGGUGUGCACAAGUAGAUCCAAAGCAAAGGCAAGGUGGUGUCAGGAUUGUCGCCAAUACCAUCAAGCCAGGGAUGGGGAUGGUUGGGUUGAACUUGGAUCUACAACCCUUCAAAGGCCUCAGAAGGUGGAUAUUCCUCGUGCCUAUGUUUGUGCAGAGAGCAAGAUUUUUGAUGUCUCUGAAUGGGCUAUCUGCCAGGGAAUGGCAUGCAAACCAAAUACUCACAGGACUACGUUUCAUGUAAAUAUGGUUGGAUUAGAUAAAAGGGUUCAGAGAUCAAAAUCGGACUGCAGCAGAUUCACAUCGGAUUUGGAUGCUGAAAUGGCAAGUGAAAAAGGAGACGAAGAGUUUGAUGUUUGGCUUCAGCAGGCAUUGGCUGCAGGUCUUUUUUCCGAUCUGACAGAGACAUCAUCCAGGCGCAAAAAAUCUUGGAGUUCUUUCUUGAUCAGCCAAAAGAAAUUCAAAAAACAAUGGCGUGGUGUUCUGUAAACUUUGAGCCUUUCAGAAGGGAAACUGGGGUGAAGAAGGAACAGAAAACGGUUCACCUUUUACCUGGUUUCAAGAGGAAAAAGUGAUGACUUAGAAACUUGGCCGAUUCGUUGGUCUUCUGAAAGUGGAGAAGCCUGAAGGAAAGGCAAAAGAAAGGAAGGAAACGGGAAGAUUUGUCUGAACAAAUGUUCAGAGGCAACUGCUGUUGUAAAUAGAUCUACGGUCUCCUCCCUGAAGCGCUGUACAUUUUUUUGUUCCACUGUGAAGAUUUUUUAGUGCUUUA